GAGAUGGUAAGAGAGAAAAUGGGAGGCAGCAUCACCCACCCAGACUGGGAGGAGGGGAGGACAGACAGCGUGAUCGUCCCUCUAACAGACAGAGGUGGAAGGAAAGUGGGAAUGAGAGACGGACGUGAGGGGAGAAGAGGAGCACAAUGAAGGAGUGCCAUUGUCCAUCCUGGCAGCGCUGCCUUUUCACCAUCUGCUGAAAUAGAGAGAGAGAGAGAGACAGAGAGACAGAGGAGGGAAGAGCCAAACAGAGGAGAGGAUAGAUGGAGAGGAGCUGCCGGCAGUGACUUUGUGAAUUAAUCGAGCGGAAGAGCGGAUCAGAGGAGAAGCACGUUUUUUUCAGGGAGUGGACGGACGAGGGAGCCAGAAAAAGGAAGGAGAGGACGGAUGACCGGACAGUCUGUGGCAGUUUAAACAUUAAUGUGGCUCUCUUGUGAGCCCAUCUUUAGAUUAAUCACCAUGGAUUAUCUACUGUAUGCUUUUUAAAACCAAAAAAAAAAAGAGGAACUACUGUUUCUGCUUUGCCAUUCAUUAAGAAAAAGAAAGAACUCUUAGGGAAAUUGAUUAGACUCACUUUAUACAGAACAAUUUGAAUUACUUUUCUUUGUUUUUCUUUGUAAAUAUAGACUCUCUUUGUGACUUCUGAUUUUCUAUUCUCUUUGGGCAUAAGAUCAACUCUGCAGGAUGUUAUACAAUCAUUAUCUUUGUUGACUGCUGCACAGAUAUUCAGGUUGUUUUUAUGCAAGUUUUCUAAACAUCAGUGGGUUUUUUAAAUACAUAAAUCGUUCGUGUUCUUGUUGUUUAUUAGAAAGUGAUUAUUGUUCUUUUGAAUUAAUAUCAGACGUACAGAUUUACAUGCCCUAGUCGAAGUCAGUGCAUGUAGCCGACAUGGGAUGUCAACAUUGAUCGGGUUUUAUGGCUGGCGCGACGCCGGUCAAACUUUGAUCAUUUCCUGAAACCUAUUGAUCUUUGGAGGAGUCUGUAGUUUUUCCUCCUGUUGGCUAAAAAAGAAGCUCUAACGUGGAGCCUUUGAUGCAGCACCUAAUUGCUGUCAUGUGAUUUGACAAAGCAGUUAUCUCUUUGUCUGAAGAUUUCUGCGGCUGACGGGACUUUUCGGCAUAUACCCUCCGCAGGCAUCUCUUUUAAUGUCUGUUGCCAUAGCAACGGGCGGCAGCUGCAGACAGAACAAGAUGUAAAGUUGUUUUUUCUUGUCUUUAUCUUUUUAAACUGGUGCUGUUCCAUUAGGCAUUUGUAUAUAUUUAGUAGAUAAAAAGCCACAGACUUGAUUAGUCAAUGGUUGUGUGCAGUUUUUAGACUUUCUAUCUCAGACAGGGUUUUUUUUCCAUGUCUUUACUAGACAGUCUUUGUCUAUGUGGAGCUCGGCGGUCUCUGAGAAUCAGGGUUGUUUCAGGUCACCUGUCUCCCCCUCCCCAUUCUGUUUGUUCGUCUCGUACGCAUCGCCUCAGCUGCACUUGUCCCGAUCUCACCUUUUGUCAGCAGCAGCUACCAUCUUCAUCAGUCUAGCUGAUGUGCAUUAUCAGGACUGACUGGAUUAAUGAGAUUAACGUACUGAUUUCACCUGUACACAUCAUUCCAUGCAGCUGCUUGGCCCCGAGACCACUAAUCACUGAUCAUUAGGCUGUGUUUGUGACAGUCUUUUCCUGUUACUGCCUGUGUGUAGGUGACUCAGGAUUUCACCUCAUGUAGAGGGUCAUCUCCUCUGCAGUCACCUGACCUGCACUGUGUUCUGUGCACUAAAACAUCCUCAGCAGCAGCGUGAGGGUUAACUCUGCUCAAGGAGCACUUCAGCACCUGUGUAUGAGAGCAGAACACACCUGGAUAUUCCACUCUAGUGUUAACAUGUCCAUUUAUGUUGGAUUUUUUUGCCUUUCAAGACUAAUUUCUGGUUUUAUUAGGGGCGCAACAGACUGUUUUGUUUAUUCUGCAUGCCCUUUGAUUGUCUGAAUACCGGGUGUCUUUUGUGACUACUUUUCCAGCCAUACUUCUUUACAGCUUUCUGGAGAUUAUCCCAGCCUGUCUGGCCGUGCAUGAGUGUGACUGGAUCCUCCAUGGUGCUUUUUGGCCAAGACCAGAUGGAUGACUAGCUAGAAUUGCUAGACAAUCCCUCCGUGGUGCUAGACUGGUGUAGGCGACUGUUCCUUUGCCAUGCUUCCAGCGCCCACUACAAGCUGGCCUGCUCUACUUCAGACACUGUAAAGUUCUGAAAUGUUAGCGAGUGGAAAAAUCAACCCUUUUGCUUGGCAUCGCUGAAACCUUGGUGCCAAAUUUAUGACGUUCUGCAAGUGGUCUAGGCAAGGUGUGUGUAAAUCUUUUGCUCGGCUGCAAGGGAGUAAAGGUCAACAGAUUGUAAAUAUGACUAGUGCCUCAAUAGCACUGAGGUGUUGGCCAGCAAGCUCACUGCAGGACUGUAGGUGUAGCCUUCCCUGUUGCUGAGGUCAAACUGCUGCAGGCUGUUUUGUUUGUGGAGACUGUUAACGUGUAGAGACUGUUGCUUUCCUUCUAGGUUGGUCUAUGCAGAAUAUGAGAGGUUAUGCCUGUCUUUACGGUAGUUUGUAGUAGAACCGAGAGCUGACCUGCUGCUUGAUAAGCCCUGCCUUAGAUAAAGAAGGAAGUGGGUCCCGAACACGUCAUAAGGGGCUGUGUUAACGCUUCUCUCUCAGGUAACUGACUACGGUCUGGGCUUGUUAUUUGAACCAGGCAGUAAUGAAGUAACAGGGUAAGAGGAAAAUAACAUAGAGAGAUCAGCAUAACACUAUUUCCAGCUAGUUGAGCGAGUUCAUGUUCAACUCUUGACGAGCCUCCAGCACCAUUCAGGGAACCCUGGGUUGUGAGUUCAAACCGGCGCAAUCGGGUCUCGUUAGCAUCAUAACAAGCCCACCGGUAAUCGUCAUCAGCCAAUGACCUACAUUCUCUGGCGUUACAUCACCGCCGUGCUACUGCAGUGUGUAUCACUGUACCAGACACAGACAACAUCUCAACCUACUACUAUCUUAUGGUGCUCCAGUAAGAAAAAAAACAUCUAAACCGAGGUGGCCAGUUUUAGGAAACACACUUGAACCAAGGCAGCCUCACUUGUUUUAGCCAUAUCAGGAACUUCAGUCAGGAACGGGCUCUUCUUAGCGUGCCCAGUCUUAAGUACUAACUUUUUUUCUUUCUGUUUUCUACUGGUGUCUAAAAAGGUGACCAUGCCUACCCUCUAGCCAUCCUCAAUCUUAAAGUUCGAGAGGUAGAAAGGCAGGGAUCACCAUUAACAUAUUAGACAGGGGGACUGUUACGCAGGACAGCCUGGAGAACGGGCGAGCAGACGAGGGAGGGGGCGAGGGGGAGCGAGAGAUCAUCUGGAAGAGGAGAGAGGAAGUGGUGGCGCGGGAGAGGGCGGAGGCAUUGGAGAGACAGAGGUUGGCAGAGUACAUUGUGUGGAGGAAGCGAGAGGGCUUCCAGGAGAAGAGGGGAGACAGAGAGAGGGGACAAAAGGGUGCAGAGAAAGGGAACGAGGCUGAGCCAGAAGUUAUCUGGAAGAGGAGAGAAGAAGAAGAAGAGGGAGACGCAGGGAGGGAGAGAGCGAGGGCUAUUCAGAGAGGACAUGAAACCAUUUGGAGGAAGAGGGAGAGGGAGUAAAAGAGGAUGCCGGGUGCAUUUGAGAAUUAGGUGUUAAAGAAGGUGUGCUGCGUUGGAUACUAGCCAUACAUCAGUAAGCCUCCUCUCUCUUCUUUAGCAGUUCUAGGCUUCGUUGAGCUCUGCAGGUGCUCACUGUAGUAGCAACCAAUUGGAGCUGUGCAGUGUGUGUGUGUGUGCGUGUGUGUGUGCGUGUGUGUGUGUGUCUGUGUGUGUUGCUGCCACGUUAGUGUGCGCGUCCCCCUUUGCGAUCCCCUCGUUGGCUGCUAAUAGGAUUUUUAUGGGCCUCUGUCAAGCAGGAUAGAGCUGCCAAGGGGACUUGCUUCACACGUGCAUGCAUGUGCGCACGCCAGCACACACAUUCACAGAUAAUCUGAGAAGCAUUGUGGGCAGGAAAGGUUUAUACUGCCUCACACGCAUGUAAACACAUCACGCACAAGUGCGUACCCCUCAGAGCAGUGAGACACAUGCGAAGGGGGCGUUGAGAGACAAUCACUUGUGUUGAUUCUCCAUGGUGCUGGCAACAGCUGGAUAACCGGCCCUCGCCGAGAGGCUAUUAAGCUGGGACAAGAUACUCACAGAUAUUGUUUUACAUUCUGGAAAAAACACCAAGAUGAACACUUUGUGGAGAGCUAAGAGCAUGUCAUCAUCAGUCCCUGGGAACACAGUGAACAUGGACACAGAUUUAAAAGUUAACUGAUGACAACAUGAUCUGCACUAGUGCACUGAAAAGAAACUUUUUUCAUCUGCAUUUGACCAGUAACUGGGACACCCCACUUUUCCUCUGCACCUUUUCUCGUUCUGCAUUCAUUGCGGGGGAAGCUGUUUUUGAAGCAGUUGGGUUUCAGCUGCCUGGUAAUGAGCGGAGGACCGACAACCAGACAGAUGGAUGCAGCUUUUGCGUUCAGGGAGACAGACAGAUGGCUGUGUGUCCCUUUCGAGAGAAACUUUGAAUGCUAAGACAAAGAGACUUUGAUUGAAUCACUAGCUCCUGUGUGGACUUGCCGCGGAUAUAAAAACUGACACUGCAGAUUCAUUAUGGAGCUUGUCCCAAAAACCAAGUACACCCACUUUCGGAGUGAAUCGCUGAGCUCAACUGAUGAAACAAACUCCAAUCCAUCUUCGUUCCCUCCUUCCAGUCCUGUUACCCCGCUCACUCCCUCCCCUGGUUUACCUUCCUCUCUCUCCUCCUCGUCUCUCACUCCCAUUUUGCCCCCCUCUUCUCCCCGCCAGGCUGAGAAUAGCCCCACCACCCUCUGCUCCUUCUUUCCCAGGAUGGGAUCCCUUCGUCUGGGUGUCUCUGCCACCCUUCUCCCAGGACUCAAGGCCUCAAACAGGCCACAGCACCCUCAGGCGCCCGUUGAGUCCUCUGGGGACGACAGGAGCAGUUCUAGCUCCUCCCCUCCCCUCCAUCACCCACUUCCCCCUCUAAUUGCUCCUUGUCCCCCUCCUCGACCUCCUCUGCAGGAUAUGAACCGGCUUGGAGGGGCGUCCAGGAGGGCACGGGUGGAAGGAGGGCAGCUGGGAGGAGAUGAGUGGACGCGCCAUGGCUCCUUUGUCAACAAGCCCACCCGUGGCUGGCUGCACUCUGACAGUGUCGUCAGCACCGCCGGUGUUUCCUACACUGUACGGUACAUGGGUUGUGUGGAGGUGCUACAGUCAAUGCGAGCGCUGGACUUCAACACCAGAACUCAGGUCACCAGGGAGGCCAUCUCUGUGGUGUGCGAGGCAGUACCCGGAGCCAAAGGAGCCCAGCGCAGGAGAAAGCCUUCCUCUCGCUGUCUGACCUCCAUCCUGGGCAAGAGUAACCUGCAGUUUGCUGGCAUGACAAUCAGCCUCACCAUCUCGACCAGCAGCCUCAACCUGCUGGCCUCCGACUGCAAACAGAUAAUCGCCAAUCAUCACAUGCAGUCCAUCUCCUUCGCUUCUGGAGGAGACCCAGACACGGCUGAGUACGUAGCAUAUGUGGCCAAAGACCCAGUCAACCAGAGAGCAUGUCAUAUCCUGGAGUGUUCAGAGGGUUUAGCCCAGGAAGUCAUCAGCACCAUUGGCCAGGCCUUUGAACUGCGAUUUAAACAGUACCUAAAGAACCCGCCCAAACUGGUCACGCCUCAUGACAGGAUGGCUCCGUUUGACGGCUCCGCAUGGGAGGAAGAAGAUGACGAGGCUCCUCCGCCUCCUGACGUCCCUUACUAUAAUAAUUUCCCUGGAAAACAGCCUCCCCCUGGUGGACUGAUUGACAUGAGGACCCGCCCAGGAGCCACGCUGCCUUAUGGACAGCCAGGUCAGAAUGACAUUCACAAGCAACCGCUGCCGCCUCUGCCAGUGGGAGCCAAAGACGGGGGACGAGAACUGUUCGAUGACCCUUCAUAUGUCAAUGUGGAUAAACCCCGCCCCCCAGUUGCAGCCAAUGGAAAUGCUCAUAGAGAUGCUUUUGACAUGAAGCCAUUUGAUGAUGCCCUGGGGGUCUCUGUGACAGCAGCGCCCCCGUUGGUGCAGCAGUUGCAGUGUGAGGCCUGGUUCCACGGCAGCUUAAGUCGCAGGGAAGCAGAGAGGCUGCUUACCAGGGAUGGAGACUUCCUGGUGCGAGAGUCUGGGACCACGCCCGGACAGUACGUCCUCACGGGACAGCAGGGGGGUCAGCCCAAACACCUGCUACUAGUCGACCCAGAGGGAGUGGUCCGUACAAAAGACCAUCGGUUUGAAAGCGUGAGUCACCUGAUCAGCUACCACAUGGACAACAGACUCCCCAUCGUAUCAGCUGGUAGCGAGGUGUGUCUGCAACAGCCAGUGGAGCGCAGGGCCUGAAAUCACACACACCAAUGAAUUAACUCCACCAAAUACACAUGCACUCCUGCAGCAAUCCAACACGAGACAAACAUAUGCUAUAUAUACACACGACAACACUACACUCGACACACAUACACAAGAAUACAUUAUGCACACACCAUCGCAAAGAAAGCCAAAAAAGAAAAAAUAGAAUCAGCAGUUUCUCUGCAAAAUCUCGCUCACCUGCUGCUGUUGCCACCUUCUCCUUUCUGAACGCCAAACUGUGACCUGCAGUCUUCGACCCCACCGACUAUCAGGCGCAUCCCUCCACAAUGGAGAAGCACUGCUGCAAUUUCUCAACAGCCUACUGUGAACCAGGGAGGAGCCCUGUGCUACUUGUAGAACGGGGCAGAAAAAAAAUGCAAUUUCCUUUUUCUUUUCUUUCUUUUUUUUUUUAAGAGGAAACAAAUCUUAAUUUGCGAUUAAGGAAAAAAACAAAACAACAAUAACGGAACACUUUACUAAUACAUGGAAUCGUGUGCAAAAGAAGUUGUGGAACUGAACAGUGACGAAAGGAACUUAAAUGGGAUAUGGAAUGAGAUUUUCAUUCAGGGAAAUUAUUUCCCUCCUCAGACUGUUGCUGGAGCAUAUUAGGCAAAAAAGAAAAAGAAAAAAAAAACUGGACAGAAGUUCUUAGUUGAAGAGACUUAACCAGGUUCGAACAUAAACUCUCCCUUCAAGUGUCACUAGAGCACUUCAGCAGCAAACCUUGACUUUGUUAUGAUUCUACCUGGUGAAUAUGCAUAAACGAGUUUGCUUCCAAUCUAAUCAGGAGGGCCAUCCAACUCCCCCGCCACUCCCCUUUUAAGGACUUUUUGACUUUGACCCUCAGAAAGAUACCUGGUGAUGAGAAAAGCCUGUAUGCAAAACUGGGGGACUGCUAUGCCAAUGACCAUCGUAUGUGUUUUUUUUUUCCUUGAUUAUUUGUUUCUGUCUGUAUUCUUGGGACUCAUUACUUAUCGGACAUUCUGAGUUCAGGAGGAUCGAAACAGCUGUAUCUCCUUAAUCCCUCUGUACACACACACACCUUUACAACACACACUGUCUUCACCAAAGAACAUGAACUUGGUCGCUAACGGCAGAGAAAGCCAUGAUAAUUAUAAAGAAAACUGUUUUGUGUGCUUACAGCAUUGGGAGAAAAUUUAGAUGGAAGGAAAUGUAUAUUAAAAUGGGCCUGUUUUAGAGGGAGGAGGAAUGUACGUGACUGUGCCUGAACGCCUCAUCAAAAAUGAGAUCCUUCAUGUAAAUUGUGCGUUAAUGUCGCUCACAAACACAGUAACUACUACAUUUUGAGAAGCAUCGACCAGAUCACUUUUGACCUGUUGCUUUUCCUUGACAUCUUAGUAUGUGUUUGCAUUGACAAUCUAUGGGUUCAAUCUUUACAGAGUUUUCUGACUGAAAGCAAAACAGAAGAGUAGUUGAAGGAGGUCCCUUUAAAUUGUGGCCGGGGAGAAAUGUUUAACAGUCCAAGCAAUGAACUUCCCUCUGCAAAAAAAAUGAUGCAAAGUAGCCGGUUAAGUAAUUCUUGCGUAUUGUGAUGUUUCUUUAGUUUUAAAUCACUUGAGGGAAUAAUGUCCUUUUAAAAAAGUAUCAAAUGAAGUGGUUUGAACUGAACAUAAGGACAUAAAUGUUUUUGGAGCAUUGCUAAUGAUGAAAUGCUUAAGCCAAAUGUUUUUCCUCAGUGUGCUGUUUUCACAAACCUUAGAGGAUGCGUGUGUGGGGGGGAGAAGUUCACUCUGUAGUCUUCUCCUCCCCUCUUCCUCCUCCCUCUGUUCAUGACGUUGUUUUUUUAAAUGUCUUUUUAAUCGUGCCUUGUUUCUUCAAUGCAGUCACGUCACUUCAAUGCAGUCACCUUAUGUACUUAAUUCAAAUGUAGUCGACUACAGGAGAAUCUUACAAAAAGCCUCUCAGUUAAACAAAGACUUUGCAAAAAUGACACUCCAGUAAACACACACAAAAACAAAACAGAUCCAGUGAUGGCAAUCUCCUCUGAUGCACAUUCUUGCAUUCAGCUUAUAGUCACAGAUACUUGAUGUCACCAUUCAGGGGGGAUAUUUCUUGACCAUCUGUAAAUAACAUUGACUCUUGAGUGGUCUGCUUAUUAUUGGAUUUUUUUUUUUCUCAAAGUGGUAUGAUUAAGUACUUAUUUUGUAAGUAAAAACAGAGCCAGACACCACAGCGCAGAGGUAACUCUUCUUAAAGGGACAGUUCAACCCAAAAUCAAAAAUAUGUAUCGUUUCUCUUAUCUGUAGCGCUAUUUAUCCAUCUACAUUGUUUUAAUGUCAGUUGGGAAGUUUUCAAGAUGGCAGCUGUAAAAAUGUCUGCGUUCUCUUCGAUUCUAAUGGAGCCACAUGGCACUCGGCUUGUGGUGCUCAAAACGCCCCCCACAAAGAAAUACGUUUGCAAAACUUGCCAGUGAUGUCUGUCUCCCGAAAUCAUGACCUGGUUACUCAAGUUAAUCGACAGCCUGGUUGCAAGCAUUUUCAUAGGAACUAUUUUCUUUUUGUCAGACUGUGUUAGAAGGAAGCGUGAAUCGCCGCUGAGCUAGCUACCAUUACAGCUCAGGCAAUGGGGGUGCUAUUAAUGUUUACAUCCCUGUGGUCACAAGCAGGAGCCUCUCAUCCAUGAGUAGAUGCCUAGCUAUAGAAAAAGAAAAAAAGCACCAUCUUCUACCAUUAUAUUCAAGAAAAGGCAGACAUCUCUACAGCUGGUAUCUCAAAAACUCAAAACAACUCACACCAAAAUAAUCUAGAUGGAUAAAUAGCGCUACGGGAAAGACGGGCAAAACAUUUGAUAUUGGUGUGAAAUGGCCCUUUAAAACCAACUGAACUAGUUAAAGAGAAAUAUGAGAUGGGAUCAUUCAGCCUAAACCUUAACCUGAAGUGGGCUCACGUGUAAUCUUAACAUGCACACACCACAUACUGGAGUGACAGCUGGGUCAGUCAGACACACUCUCCAUGUUCAGGUGUUAGUAGGUCAGAGAUAGGAAAGCCAGAGCUUUAAGUUCUGCUGUGUGUGCUUGUUGUGUGUGCAUGCGUGGGUGCGUGCGUGCAUGUAUGAGUGUGCUGAACCAGACCCACCGGACACUCUGCAUCAUUAGUGAACUCGUCCCAUGUUACCAUCGUUUCAUCACAGAUGCCUUUUGUUGCAUGAAAAUCCUUUCAGAAGAAAAAGAAAAAAACCUUGUUUGUUUGUCGUUGGUGAUGGUGAUAGUGUUGAUGAUGCUGUUGUACUUUUUAAUUUGUGUCUUUGAAAGCCAAAGGUUACUUUCAAACUGUGUGCACAGAUAUUGAUUUUUACUUUAUAUGUUUGUUUUAUUACCUUUUUUUGUUUUGUUUUUAGGGAAACAUGUUGGUUUACACCUGUAUCUGAAAAAAAAUAGAUGGCAUAUAUAAAUACAUAUAUCAUUCA